AUGGUUAACAAUGAAGAUUUAAAUAAAGAACAACAAUUAAAAGUAAAAGAAUUUUUACUUAAUGAAAUGGAAAUGUUUGCCCAAGAACUUGAAGACUUAGGUCAAACCAAUGCUAUUACCCAUAGCAUUAAUACUGUCACUAUUUGUGCAAAAACGGGAGGUGCUCUGCCUGUAAGAUGCUUAAUAAGCCUGGUACUGGCUGGGUUCGCUACUAAAAUAAGUACUGCACGAAAAUUGAGAGUUGAAAUACUACCUAAAGUAAGAAAUGAUGCUGUUAAAAGAAUCAAAAAAGCACAAGAAAGUGCUAAAAGAAGACAUGAUCAAGACUUACAACAUAUAAAAGAAUUUAAAAAAGGUGAUUUAAUAUUAGUUUAUAAAGCUUCUCAACAACAUUCAAAAAGCCAUAAACUUCAUCUGAAGUGGAAGGGUCCUUUUGUGAUUCAUAGAGUAUUGGAGAAAAGAGUAUACAAAUUACGAUCUGUCGAUGAAAAA